GCGCCUCUCGCGCCCCCGCGGCAACUCAUCGGCUCCGGGCCGGGCCAGACCCGGGACGAGGAGGGGCUGAGCCGCGGGGGAUCCUGGAAUCGGCGGGGAGGUGGGGAUUCUGGGAGGAAAACUCCAUUUCCUCCUUCUCUGCCGACCUCUCCCCUCCACCCUGGCACCCCAAAUUUCGAUGUGUCGCCUCUUGGUCGCACAGCGCCGGAACUGAGCGACCGGCAGCGUGGCUGGCAAAAUGCUGGGCAUGUACGUGCCGGACAGGUUCUCCCUGAAGUCUUCCCGGGUUCAGGACGGGAUGGGGCUCUACACAGCCCGCCGAGUGAGAAAGGGUGAAAAGUUUGGACCAUUUGCUGGAGAGAAGAGAAUGCCUGAAGAUUUGGAUGAAAAUAUGGAUUACAGGUUGAUGUGGGAGGUUCGUGGAAGUAAGGGAGAAGUUCUGUACAUUUUGGAUGCUACCAACCCACGACACUCCAACUGGCUUCGCUUUGUUCAUGAGGCACCAUCUCAGGAGCAGAAGAACUUGGCUGCGAUUCAAGAAGGAGAAAACAUUUUUUAUUUGGCAAUUGAUGACAUCGAAACGGAUACAGAGCUUUUAAUUGGCUACCUUGACAGUGACAUGGAGGCCGAUGAAGAUGAACCUCAAGUUACAACAGUAGUCAAAGAAGGUGAAGUUAAAAAUUCCAAAACUCAGUCAGCUGGUGGCAGAAAAGAUCAUCUUGACCAUAAAGAAGACUAUGACUGUCCCCAGUGUGAGUCAAGCUUUACCUGUGAGGAAAUUCUUGCUGAGCAUCUUCAGGCAUUGCAUCAGAAGCCCACAGAGGAGAAAGAAUUUAAGUGCAAGAACUGUGGAAAGACAUUCCCAGUGAAGCAAGCUUUGCAGAGACAUGUUCUUCAGUGCACAAUGAAAAGAGGUCUGAAGGAUUCUUCACGAAGUUUUCAGUGCUCUGUUUGCAAUUCCUCCUUCAGUUCAGCAUCGAGCUUUGAGCAGCACCGAGAGACCUGUCGUGGGGAUGCUCGAUUUGUCUGCAAGGUUGACAGCUGUGGAAAGAGACUGAAGAGUAAGGAUGCCCUAAAGAGACAUCAGGAGAAUGUCCACACUGGUGAUUCUAAGAAAAAGCUUGUAUGUUCAGUGUGCAAUAAAAAGUGUUCUUCAGCAGUAAGCCUACAAGAGCAUAGAAAGAUUCAUGAAAUAUUUGAUUGUCAAGAAUGUAUGAAGAAAUUUAUUUCAGCUAAUCAGCUAAAACGUCAUAUGAUCACCCAUUCAGAAAAGCGACCAUAUAAUUGUGACAUUUGUAAUAAGUCUUUUAAGAGGCUUGAUCAAGUAGGUGCUCAUAAAGUAAUACACAGUGAAGAUAAACCAUACAAAUGCAAGCUUUGUGGGAAGGGAUUUGCUCACCGAAAUGUUUACAAGAAUCAUAAGAAGACCCAUUCUGAAGAGCGACCAUUCCAGUGUGAGGAGUGUAAAGCUUUAUUCCGGACCCCGUUUUCUUUGCAGAGACACCUGCUGAUACAUAACAGUGAGAGGACUUUUAAAUGCCAUCAUUGUGAUGCUACCUUUAAAAGAAAGGACACCUUAAAUGUUCACGUCCAAGUGGUCCAUGAAAGACAUAAGAAGUACAGAUGUGAGCUAUGUAACAAGGCAUUUGUUACACCAUCAGUGCUUAGAAGUCAUAAGAAGACACAUACAGGAGAAAAGGAGAAAAUCUGCCCUUAUUGUGGCCAAAAAUUUGCCAGCAGUGGGACACUAAGAGUCCAUAUCCGGAGCCACACAGGUGAACGUCCCUAUCAAUGUCCUUACUGUGAGAAAGGAUUCAGUAAAAAUGAUGGAUUAAAGAUGCACAUUCGUACACAUACCAGGGAGAAACCAUACAAAUGUUCUGAGUGCAGUAAGGCCUUCAGCCAGAAGCGGGGCCUAGAUGAGCACAAGAGGACCCACACUGGAGAAAAGCCGUUUCAGUGUGAUGUGUGUGAUUUGGCCUUUAGCCUGAAGAAAAUGCUGAUCCGGCACAAGAUGACGCAUAAUCCCAAUCGUCCACUGGCUGAAUGCCAAUUUUGCCAUAAGAAGUUUACAAGGAAUGACUACCUCAAAGUGCAUAUGGACAAUAUCCAUGGAGAAGCUGACAGCUAAUGGUAGCUGCAAAGCUAUUAAACCAUUUAUAAGGGCUCCUAAUACAAAUCCCAGAUUUCUUUCACCUGAUCAACAUAGCAGAAGUAGCAAAGUAACUCAGCUGGUCUCAGACUUUUAUUUGCUUACAUUUAUAAUCUGGAGGUGCCAUGCAAAAAAAACCAACAUUUUUUUGCUAGAAAUACUGCAAAUGGAGAAAGGGAAAACUCAGCAAAAAUAACAUAUGUUCCAUCUUAUAAACAAUGAAGAAAGGAACCAUGACACACUCUCAUAUCCAU